GUUGAUUCUGUAAAUCACUUACCACACAACCAUGUUGAAACCUCAACUCAACCACCUACACCGUCACAAAACCACUUCUCCGUUGUUGCUUACGCAGGGAAAGAAGUCGUUUAUCGCCGGAGAUGACGGUGGUGCAAACCCUACUUCCUUUCUAUCUCACAACACGCUGGCUUUUCCGGUCAAGCGUCACAAUCCUUUUCGUUCACACCCGAACAUCCGAAUGCUAUUUGCAAGCCAAAUCAAAGCGGUGGCUAGCGAACCCAGUACGGCCAGUAACAUCAAAAGCAUAAACCUGAAAGCUGUGAUUACAGUCCAGAUGACGGUGGGUGGUGCCCUAUCAAACAUUUUUACGCAAGCACUUGAUGACUUCACCGAUAUGCUUGGAAAGUCGCUCCUUUUGGAGCUUGUUUCCGCUGAGAUUGACCCUAAGACGGGAUUGAUGAAGGAUUCAAUAAAGGAUUAUGCACACCGAACUGGUCAAUACGAAAAUGAAAUAACAUAUCUAGCAGAGUUUGAAGUACCAGAGGAUUUUGGUUCAAUCGGGGCUAUUAAGAUAGAAAAUGAACACCACAAAGAGGCAUUCGUGGAAUCCGUUGUAAUAGAAGGCUCCGCCAUUGGCCCCAUUACUAUCUCUUGUAACUCUUGGGUUCAUUCCAAGUUCGACAACCCUGAGAAACGUGUUUUCUUCGUUGACAAGGUAUCUUGCCUACCAUCCAACACGCCGAGCGGCCUCAAGUCACUCCGAGAGACCGAACUAGCGAUUCUUCGAGGCGAAGGAGUCGCCAACAAACCUCGCGAGAAAAAAGAUAGAAUUUACGACUACGACGUAUACAACGAUCUCGGCGAUCCAGACAAGGACCCCGACUUGGCUCGCCCAGUCCUCGGCAACAAAGACUUCCCUCACCCGAGGCGUUGCAAAACCGGGCGACCUCCCACUAAAACAGAUCCAUUAUCAGAAUCUAGAAGCAGUGAAGUUUAUGUGCCAAGAGAUGAAGCUUUUUCUGAAGUGAAGAACAUGACUUUCAAUAUCAAGACUGUAUACUCAGUGUUGAAGGCUGUGAUACCGUCGUUGGAGACGACGUUGAUCGACAAGAACCUCGGGUUUCCAUACUUCACAGCCAUUGAUUCUUUGUUCAAUGAGGGUGUUAAUCUGCCACCUAUUGAAAGUGAUGGGUUUCUUAAGAACAUUUUGCCUAGACUUUUGAAGUCUAUAGAAGAUGCCCAGAAUAACAUCUUGCUGUUUGAGACUCCUGAAAUGAUUGACAGAGAUAAGUUUGGUUGGAUUAGGGAUGAAGAAUUUUGUAGACAAACUCUUGCUGGUCUUAACCCUUUGAGUAUAACCUUGGUCAAGGAAUGGCCACUUACAAGUAAACUUGACCCGGAGGUGUAUGGUCCUCCUGAAUCGGCAAUAACCAAAGAGAUCGUUGAGAGAGCGAUAAGAGGCUUUUGCACGCUUGAGGAGGCAAUAGAGAACAAGAAGCUUUUCAUGCUAGAUUAUCAUGAUAUCUUCCUUCCUUAUGUGCACAAAGUUAGAGAACUGAAAAAUCUUAGAACAACUUUAUAUGGAUCAAGAACUUUGAUGUACCUUACUCCGACCGGAACAUUGAGGCCAUUAGCCAUCGAGUUGGUUCGUCCACCUGGCAAUGGCAAACCGCAAUGGAAGCGAGCGUUCACCCCUUGUUGGGAUGCUACCGGUAUGUGGCUAUGGAAGCUCGCCAAGGUCCAUGUUCUUGCUCAUGAUAGCGGUUUUCAUCAGCUCUAUAGUCACUGGAUGAGAACACACUGCUGCACCGAGCCGUAUAUAAUCGCAACAAACCGCCAACUUAGUAAAAUGCACCCGAUACAUAAUCUCCUACACCCUCACUUCCGGUACACGAUGGAGAUCAAUGCUUUAGCUCGAGAAGCCCUCAUAAACUCCAAUGGGAUCAUCGAAUCAUGCUUUACGCCUGGAAAGUAUAGCACUGAAUUGAGUUCAGUUGCAUACGGCCAACUAUGGCGGUUCGACCACGAAGCAUUGCCAGCCGACCUGAUCGCUAGAGGUAUGGCAGUCGAAGAUCCAGACUCGCCGCAUGGUUUAAAGCUAUCUAUAGAAGAUUACCCGUAUGCAAACGACGGUUUAGUCCUUUGGGACAUUAUUAAAGAUUGGGUUACCGACUACGUGAACCAUUACUACCCGGAAGAGAAUCUUGUGGAAACAGACGACGAGCUUCAAGCAUGGUGGACCGAGAUUCGAACAGUGGGCCAUGCAGACAAGAAAGACGAACCAUGGUGGCCCGUUCUCAAAACACCAAAAGACCUUAUCGGGAUUCUCUCGACGAUCAUAUGGGUGACAUCGGGCCACCAUGCAGCCGUCAACUUCGGGCAGUAUGACUACGCGGGUUACAUUCCUAACCGAACCACCAUAGCCCGGGUCAAAAUGCCGUGCGAAGACCCGACUGAAGACGAAUGGGAAGCGUUUAAACGUAGGCCCGAAGAUGAACUUCUAUCCGCAUUCCCUUCGCAGAUUCAAGCGUCGCAAGUUAUGGCGGUUUUGGACGUGUUAUCGAAUCAUUCUCCGGAUGAGGAGUAUAUCGGCGCGAAGAUCGAACUGGUUUUCGAAGCGAACCCAAAAAUAAAAGCUGCUUAUGAAGUGUUUGCUGGGAGGUUGAAGGAGUUGGAAGGGGUUAUUGAUGCUAGAAAUGCUGAUGAGAGCAGGAGGAAUAGAAAUGGAGUCGGGGUUGUACCGUACAACCUUCUAAAGCCUUUUUCGGAACCUGGUGUGACUGGCAUGGGGGUUCCUAAUAGUAUUUCCAUUUAAAGGGGGUGCAUUGUUUGGUGAUCAAUAAUGGAGCAUGGAUUGAUGGAUGAUGAUCUUGUGUUUUCAAAUGUUGAAUCAUGAUGUAGGUAUCAAUGUUUUAAUAACCGGACAGGUCAUCGAACUGGUCGUCUUACUGGUUUGAAAAACCGGAUGAUGUCAAAUAAAUAAAUUUAAAAAUAAAAAAGUAACUUGUUUAAGAUUU